GGUAAAUCAGAGGACGACAUUUCGACCAAAGAAGAGGAAGCAUCAUCCAUCAGGGAGAAAUGUCAGUGGACUGAGAUUUAGUGAUCAUUUGGUUGAAAAUCAAUUCACAGCGACUCUCGUGAGUGGCAACCUCAGAGAAGUCGUGCAACUACCCUAUGGUGAAGACAUUAAUGAGUGGUUGGCCAUUCACACCAUAGAAUUCUACAACCAAGUAAACGUUUUGUACUCUACUCUUAAAGAAUUCUGCACAACCAUCACUUGCCCUAUCAUGAACGCCGGACCCUUAUAUGAGUAUAGAUGGGCAGAUGGGAUUGCUAUAAAGAAGCCAAUAGCGGUUUCUGCUCCUGAAUACGUUAACUAUCUCAUGGACUGGAUUGAAACUCAGAUCGAUAAUAAAGCCAUCUUUCCCCAAGAACGUGGAGCAUCAUUUCCACCAAACUUUAAGGACUUGGUGAAGGUGAUUUUGAAGAGGCUGUUUAGGGUUUAUGCACACAUCUAUCAUUGUCAUUUUCAAGAGAUUGUGAAUCUCAUGGAAGAAGUUCAUCUCAACACUUGCUUCAAACAUCUUGUUCUCUUCAUAUAUGAGUAUCAGUUGAUUGAUGAAGCAGAGUUGGAGCCUCUUAAAGAGAUCGUGGGAAAGGUUUUGAAACCAUAG